AUGUCCGUCUACCUCCUCAUGGACGACGAAGAUGAAGGAGGCAGAGCCGCCGGCGCCGGCGCCGGGGAGGACGUCCACGUGAUGUUCAGUUUGAUGAUGCGCGACGUGGGCGGGGCGCGGCGGCUUCUCAGGUACGGCAAGGUCGCCGCCGCCUUCCGCCGGAAGGGGGACGCGUGCGGCUACGAGCGCUUCGUCUCGCGCGAGCACUUCGUGGACAUUUUAAAGUGCGAUCGCUUCGAGAUCCGGUGCGACCUCACCGUCUUUCCGGCGGGCAGCCAGCCAGAGCCCAGAGCCUGCCUCCGAGGUGUCGUCAUCACGCUCUCUAGCCACCCGAGUCCAUCCGGCGAGAAUGCGCCGCCGCCGCCGCCGCCUGCCCCGCUGAAUCCAUCCGUCGGGACGCCAGCACCGCCGCCGCCGUCAUCUGCCUCGCCGGCGCCAUCUGUCGGGAGAGCGGCGCCGCCGCCGCCACCAGUCCGGCCGGCCGGAACCACAACCACCCGUCGAUGGGCCGAGGAAACAGCCGCCGCCGUCGGAACCGGAACCGCCCGUCCUGGGGGCAGGGCGCCGCUGUCCGGGCUGCCCGCAGAUCUAGGCCGCCUCCUGGCGACGAAGGAAGGGGCCGACGUGGAGUUCGAGGUCAUCGGCGGCAAGAUCUUCGCCGCGCACAAGGCCGUGCUCGCCGCCCGGUCGUCGGUUUUCAAGGACGAAUUCUUCGGCCAGGCGAAGGAGAAGGGCACCAGCUUCGUGCGCAUCAGCGACAUGCACCCGGAGUCUUUCGAGGCCCUCCUGCAUUUCAUGUACACCGACUCGCUGCCGGAGAUGACCAUGAACUCGCUGAAAGAAGGAGCCGUGCUCGCCGAGGAUCUCCUCGUCGCCGCCGGCCGGUACAACCUGAAGGAUCUCAAGUCUCUGACGGAGGACAAGCUGUGCAGCCAUGUCGGCGUGAGCACGGUCCUGCUGAUGCUGGCAAUGGCGGAGCAGUACCAGUGCUGCAAGCUUAAGAAGAUGUGCCUAGGGUUCAUCGGUUCUAGAGCGAACGUGUGGGCGAUCAUGGCGACUAACGACAUUGAGAAUCUGGCAAGAAGCAGCCCCUCUUCGGUGAAGGAUGUGAUUAUGGAGAUUUUGGACACAAGGAUGGCGAGGAGCAUGCGUCUCAUCAAAGCUUGCUUUUUUAUUUUCUGUUUCCAGAUGCUCCUUUUGGUGUUAAUUUGCUAUUCUUAA